AUGUACAGCGAUGUUUUGAGCCGACAUGCCAAGGGCCAUAAUCAAGCCAAUGCAACAGCCGGUCCAUCGGAAGCGCCACAUCGACAGCCAGUAAUUGCCGGUACAUCAAUGAUCCCAGGAAAUGGUUUUGUCAGCACAGAAUCACAGAUCCCACCUCUAUCUACCACUCGAGAUGCAUCAGCCGGGCUCCCAUCCUCACUAGAUUACCUAGCCGACAUCUCAGCCCACCAUGGCCGCGCCGAGUCAGACAUUGGCGCGAUGAUUAACGACCAGCAGUACUUUGGGUGGAAUGCAGCCAUGCCGGAUCAAGUGUCGCAUCAAGCUGGCUUGGCCUUCGACCCUGGAUCAAAAGACAUGCUACAAAUGUGGCUUGAACCUCACCCAGAUUCGAAGUUAAAUGACUCAGUAGAUCUAAUGCACGAUAGCCAUUUCCCUCUAAUGGGUGACAAUUUGAUUCUCACACCAGAGCAGGAUCGACAUUCAGUCGACCGCGAUAGCAUUCCCAAUGAACGCUUCGCUAGAGUCCAGCAGUGCUGGUUAGCACCGCCGAAUACUGGGCGUCUUAUCAACACUUUAUGGCGGGAUAUCGCCAUGUCGACUGUCGAUAAUAUCUUCUCCGCGCAGUCAUCACAUCUUCCGAGUGAGCCAAGUGUUGUUCAGGGAUCGCGGUGCGGAUUCGAUGAGGAUUGCAGACAGCGCCUACAGGCAGCUUUUGGAUCAAUAGCUGUUUCUGCACAUAUACAAUCUCCAACAGAUAGGAUCAUUGCUCCAAUCGCGCCUACCUCGACCUUGAAUCAUUCUGGUUUCCCUCCUGCUGAGAUCUUUGAUAUGGCCCUAGACUUAUUUUUCCGUCUUUUCAAUCCGCUCUUACCAUUUAUCCAUCAGCCGACCUUUUCGGCAAAGAAGGCGCGACCAUCUCUCCUAUAUGUUAUGACGCUGGUUGGCAUGACAUUGCUUGGUACGAAAGGAACAACUGCGUUUGUGUCCAGAAAUUUCUCGGGCACUUUGGAAAAGGUGACAGCUGAAUUUGCUCAAUGCUCGAUGGGAGUUGACAGCGCUUCCGGCACUAUGACAUUAUUUGCAACAGCUUUGCUUCUAAUAAACCUAGCUGGUUUGACUGGGGAAAAGGCACACCUGGAACAGUGUCAACCUCUUUAUAUCAACGUCAUGUCUGUCGCCCAAAGACAUGGCUUAUUUUCAGCCAGCGAGGGACAGAGCCUUGACAUGACUUUGUUUGAAACAAUCCCCGAUAUUGAUAUGAGAUGGAAAUCCUGGAGCAAGGUCGAAUCAACCAAGAGAAUAAUCAUCGGACUACUGCUCCUGGACUCUUGGUACUCCUCAUUCCUCUCAACAGGUCCAAUCGCAGUCCCAGACUCGAUCCAACUCAUCCUCCCCUGCAGCGAAUCUCUCUUCUGCGCCCACUCCUCCAUCCAAUGGACACACCUAAUCCGUAGCGGCAAUUCCAUCCUCUCAUCAACAAUCCUCGCCCCAUCCGAAAACAUCAAUAUCCCCACACUAGAAUCCCCCGCAGACGACUUUUGUAUACAAGCAGUACUAGCAAUAGUUCAACUUCGCCAGUCCGAAUCCUACCACCGCCUCCUCUCAAAUAGAGCCAGCUACCCCUUUGCUCCAUGUCACACCUACGCCAUGGACGGCCGAGCCAGAUGCCUCCCCUCCCUCCAAUCCCAGCUAAUAACAAACUACGGCGAAACCCUCGACCGUCUAACCCCCAACGCUCUCAUUACAUGGCACAACAUGUGCAUGACUCUGACAGCCGAUAUCCAAAUAUUCGACCUCGCAGCCGGCCGCGCAGGCCCAGCUCCCGCGCGUAAAGCCCUUGACGAUAUCCGCGAGUGGUCGCAGACACCUGCAGCACGACGCGCUUGUCUACACGCAGCGCAUAUCUACAAAGUCAUGGCAAACCGCAAAGCCUCCGACCACCCCACGUUCCAAUCUAUGUUUUCGCUCUUCUCGGCGGGAUUGGUACUCGGUCUGUAUACGUUCACGGCAUCGGAGUCUACAACUUCGCCGUCUGCCGGGUCUGUGGAGUUGAUGGAUGAUGUUGAUUGGAGGUCGGUAGGGACUGAUGGGUUUACAAGUUUCAUGGAGCCUGGGGGAAGCCAGACUUUUGCGUCGGCGGAUCCUGCUGUUAACUUUAUUCGAAAUGGGGCUACUAUAUACCUGCGUGGACUGCCUUUCCACGGUGGGUAUCAGUCUGCGCGGAGAAUCCUACUUGAUUAUGCCUCGCUUCUCAAGGAUUCUGGGAAAUGGAGUGUCAAGCAGUUUUCGUAUAUUUUAUACAUAAUGAGUGAUGUUCUUAUGGAUGUGGAGUGA